AUGAUUCUACCUCAACAUGAAGUGCAUUGGAAAAUUGCACAUUGCCCAACACGUCGUAUCAAAGAAAAUGAAUAUCGUAUAUCCAUUGAAUUAAAGGACAAAAAGCGACAGUACUCAUGCAUUUCAUUCGAAGACUUAUUCAAAUUGAUACAGAGAAUACAAGUUGAUAAACGAACAUUUUAUGAACAUAUUAGUCGUGGCGAUGCAGUAAAAUUUUAUCUGGACUUCGAAUAUUAUCAAAUUCCCGAAAACUCAAUAGUCGAUAAUCAAAAGGCGUUAUUGUCAAUUCGGAAGUUAUUCGUGACUAUGAUGAGAUUACUUAUUCAGAUUGACAGCAUAUCAGAAGAUGAUAUGAUCAUCUUAGAGUCAUCAUCAUGUGAAAAACGUAGUUAUCAUAUUAUCUUUGAUAAUGAACAUGUUCGAUUUAUUGAUACGGAUUCAUUACAUCUUUUCAUUCGAGAAGUCAUUCGAUAUAUUUUAUUGAAUACUCUCAGACAUAAAUGUGUAGAUAAUCGAAAUUGUCUGAUAAACAAUAUCAAUGAUGAUAUUACCUUGCCAGAAUUGAUGGAAAUGUUUGAACGCAUUCGAUUAGAAUGUUUUGGUUGUAUAAAAUGCAAGAUAGGGCAGAUUGAAUUUCCGGUAAAUGAUGUUUCCAAUUUAUUCGUAUACAAUCGAAAUCAUCACCUUGUUCCCUGUAUCGAUUUGAAUGUUUAUUCCGCUGAACAAGAUUUUCGGAUGUUUAUGUGUACAAAGAUGGGAGAAGUCCGACCACUAUUGAAGUAUACUAGCCGAGAAGAAAAUGAUCAAUAUAGAUCAGUAGAAGGAACUAUUAUUACCGAGGAAACGACGAUUUUGAUGAUGAAGGAUAUGCUUCAACGAAGUUUGAUUACUGCUCCAGCUACAGAAGAAAAUGUUUAUGUAAAUCGUGAGAUAUUGUACGAAUGGAUGAAGUUGGUGAAUUUGAAGAAAUGUUCCGAUACAAAACGAUACGUUCACACUGUUCCGAAAGACAGAAAAAGAAGCUAUCAUGGAAACAUCACAGAUAUCAAUGUUCUUAAUGAUGAAGAAUCUUAUGUAGAAAAAUGGGUUAAGGAAUAUUUGACAAAUAUUGAAUCUCCAGGAAUAAUCCAUUCUAUCAAUACGGGCAGAAAUGGAAGAUUAAUUUUAUGUAAUAUUCGAAAUAUGAAUACAUGUAAGAAUUUCCACGAAGAUUACUACAACGACAGUACUAUUUAUUUAAACAUUAAAGAAAAACAGUUCUCAAUACGUUGUAAUCGUGUGCCUUGUAAAAAUAAGCGUUGGAUUUGGAAAGACAUGUUUUGA